AUGUCCAGCGGUUAUGGAGUGAGAACCAAGAACGGAAGAUGCUACAAUCUUUGGAUGGACUACAGAAGCUGUAUGUACCAUACGGAUCAACCAAAGAAUUGUAGCACAAAUUUGGAGGAUUUUGUGGAGUGUUUACAUCACUACAAAGAGUCCGAAUGGCACAAGAGAGUCGAAAAAAAGAUUUAUGAAAAGAGAGAAGAGAAUCAAAACUUGCUUUUGAAGGCUGCUAAAGCAAAAUCUGGUGAGACUUCAAGUCAUCAUCAUUAA